CAGGUUAAGAUUUUAACGCAUAGAAGAACUAAAUUGUUACCAAAAACACCAACAUUUAUAUAUGAUGUCUCUGUUGUUCCUCUUCUUCUUUCUUUCUCCUGCAGGGAAAAGUUGAACUCGAUAAAUCUGGUGUUGUAUAUGUCUCCAAUAGCUGUCAUUUCUCUUCUUCCCGUCACGCUAGUUAUGGAACCAGACGUGAUCAGCUUGACCUUGAUACUUGCAAAACAACAUCAGUACAUGUGGAUACUUCUUCUAGUUAACUCGAUAAUGACCGCAACUUCAUCAAAUAAAGAACUUGCAGUGUCUGUUUCGUUUGGUAAGUUUGAGAAUGAUUCACUUUCAUGGGAGAAAUUUUCAUCUUUUUCUCCAAACAAGUACUUGGAAGAAGUGGAGAAGUGUGCAACUGCUGGAUCAGUAGCUCAGAAGAAGGCUUAUUGCGAAUCACAUUACAAGAAGAUUGCUAAGAGGAGAGCUGAUAUCAUCAUGGAGCAGAAUCAGAACCGGGGAAAAACAUACGAUAGUGACAAUGACGAGUCAAUGAUGAUUGAAUUGACUCUAAUGCUUGUUAUGAAUCUAACAGUGAAAGUACUUCAGAAAAAGAUAAGCUUUUUGCCAGCAUUGCCAAUAAAGUGAAUGAAACAUGUAUUUAUGAGCCUCUUGAAGAAACUAUGGACUUCGAGGAUCGUCAAAGCUUGGCUGAUGCAGGGGAUGAUCUGAAUACCUUAAAGUUGGAGAAACUUGAAGAUACUUCAUCAAAGGAUACACGUAAAAAGAAUGAAACGCCAAUGA